GGGCCUGGGGCUGCGGCGGGGCUGGGGCGUCCGCGCUUCGACACCGGCGCAGAACCAUCAUGAAAAUGUUUACUUUGAUGCCAGGAAUGUAACUUCACUAGGAACUAAUCCUCCAGUUACUUGAAGAUACCUUGUCCUUAGCUGAAUACUGGAACUCAUUAGACAAUGGGCACUCCAUACUAAGCAGGGGUAGAAGACUGAAGCCCAUUUGGGGACAGAAUGAGUUUAAAAGAUGCUGAUAGUGCAGUUUGCCAGGCAAAGGCAGCCUAUAACCUUCAGAUUUACCCCCAACUCUCAACAGAAAGUGCUCCCUGCUGCAAAGUGACUGCAACCAAGGACAGCACAUCAUCAGAUGUCAUCAAGGACGUGAUCAGCAUCUUAAACUUGGAUGUCUCCAAACAUUAUGUGCUUGUGGAGGUGAAAGAAUCUGGAGGAGAGGAAUGGGUACUUGAUAUAAAUGAUUCUCCUGUUCACAGGGUUUUGCUUUGGCCUCGUCGUGCUCAGGACGAGCAUCCACAGAAGGAUGGCUACUACUUUCUCUUGCAAGAGAGGAACACUGAUGGGACCAUCAAGUAUGUGCAGAUGCAGUUGCUCUCCAAGGAGACGGAUGCUCGGAGGUUGGUGGAACGGGGCUUUCUUCCGUGGCACCAGGAGGACUUUGAUGACUUGUGCAAUCUCCCCAACCUGACAGAGACAACACUCCUGGAGAAUCUCAAAUGCCGCUUCUUAAAGCACCGAAUUUACACUUAUGCAGGAAGUAUCCUGAUUGCAAUUAACCCCUUCAAGUUCCUGCCCAUCUACAAUCCCAAAUAUGUCAAGAUGUACGAGAAUCAUCAGCUGGGGAAGUUGGAGCCUCAUAUUUUUGCCAUUGCCGAUGUGGCCUAUCACACAAUGCUUAAAAAACAUGUGAAUCAGUGCAUUGUUAUAUCAGGUGAAAGUGGAUCUGGGAAAACCCAAAGCACAAACUUUUUAAUUCACUGUCUCACGGCUCUGAGCCAGAAAGGGUACGCCAGUGGUGUGGAGAGAACCAUCCUGGGAGCUGGACCAGUCUUGGAGGCAUUUGGAAAUGCAAAAACAGCACAUAACAACAACUCCAGUCGUUUUGGGAAGUUCAUUCAAGUCAACUAUUUAGAGAAUGGUAUUGUCAGGGGGGCUGUUGUUGAAAAAUACCUGCUUGAAAAAUCUCGUCUGGUUUCUCAAGAGAAAGAUGAAAGGAACUACCAUGUCUUCUAUUAUUUGCUACUUGGAGUCAGUGAGGAAGAACGUAAAGAAUUUCACCUCAAGCAACCUGAAGAUUAUUUCUACCUCAACCAGCAUAACUUGAAAAUUGAAGAUGGGGAAGAUCUCCAGCAUGAAUUUGAGAGGUUGAAACAAGCCAUGGAGAUGGUUGGCUUCCUUUCAGCAACAAAGAAACAGAUUUUUUCAAUACUUUCAGCUAUUCUCUACUUGGGUAAUGUCACAUACAAGAAGAAAGCCACGGGUCGGGAUGAAGGGUUGGACGUGGGACCUCCUGAAGUGUUGGACAUUCUUUCCCAGCUGUUAAAAGUUAAACGAGAAAUCCUGGUAGAAGUGCUAACAAAAAGAAAAACUGUGACUGCUAAUGAUAAGCUUAUUUUGCCUUAUAGUCUCAAUGAGGCAAUAACAGCUCGUGAUUCCAUGGCAAAGUCCCUGUACAGUGCUCUGUUUGAUUGGAUUGUUCUAAGAAUCAAUCAUGCACUUCUUAAUAAGAAGGACAUGGAGGAAUCUGUUACAUGUCUGUCGAUUGGUGUACUUGAUAUCUUUGGAUUUGAAGAUUUUGAAACCAACAGUUUUGAACAGUUCUGCAUAAAUUAUGCAAAUGAGCAGCUUCAGUAUUAUUUCAAUCAGCACAUUUUCAAAUUGGAACAGGAGGAAUAUAAGAGUGAAGGGAUCACUUGGCACAAUAUUGACUAUACUGAUAAUGUGGCCUGCAUUCACUUAAUCAGCAAGAAACCCACUGGCCUGUUCUAUCUUCUGGAUGAAGAAAGCAAUUUUCCACAUGCCACCAACCAAACUCUACUGGCAAAAUUCAAACAACAGCAUGAGGAGAACAAGUUCUUUGUUGGAACCCCGGUGAUGGAGCCCGCUUUUAUCAUCCGCCAUUUUGCUGGAAAAGUGAAAUACCAGAUCAAAGAUUUCAGGGAGAAGAACAUGGAUUACAUGAGGCCGGAUAUCGUGGCUCUGCUGCGGGGCAGCGACAGUGCGUUUGUGCGGGAGCUCAUUGGGAUGGACCCUGUGGCCGUGUUCCGCUGGGCCGUGCUGCGCGCGGCCAUCAGGGCCAUGGCUGUGUUUGCAGAGGGGGGACGUCAGAGGGCUCAGAAAACUGCAGGAGUGGUACGUCAAGGACCCAGAGUUCCCCUUGCUGAACUCCAGAGAUCCAAUACUCCAGUAGAAAAAGUUUAUCGCUACUCAGUGCUUGAUUUCUCAUUUGAUUGUUCUGAGGAUUACACUAUAAAUACUUUCCAAGACUUCAUUCCUUUCCAUGAAAACAAGAAAGACAUGCAUGAGCAGAUCAUCGCCAGUAUUAAAGGACUGCCCUGGCAGGGGGGGGAUCCCUGCAAGCUGCUUCGGUCACUCAGCCACCUUCAACACCACUCCCACUUCAUGAAAAGUAAAGGUAUCAAACAGAAGCAGAUCGUUCCCAAGAACUUGCUGGAUUCCAAAUCGCUGAAGCUCAUAGUGAGCAUGACUCUGCACGACCGAACCACAAAGUCCCUUUUGCACUUGCACAAGAAGAAGAAACCCCCCAGCAUAAGUGCCCAGUUCCAGAAUUCACUUAAUAAGUUACUGGAGACCCUGGGCAGAGCUGAGCCCUUCUUCAUCCGCUGCAUCCGCUCCAAUGCAGAGAAGAAAGAAAUGCUUUUUGAUGAAAACUUGGUGCUUCAGCAGUUACGGUACACGGGAAUGCUAGACACUGUGAGGAUCAGGAGGUCUGGCUACAGUGCCAAAUACACAUUCCAGGAAUUCAUAGACCAAUUUCAGGUGUUACUGCCCAAAGAUGCCAAAGCCUCUAAGGAAGACAUUUGUGCUUAUUUGAAUAAACUAAAACUGAAUGAAAGCUACUAUCAAAUAGGGAAGACCAAGGUUUUUAUGAAAGAGGCUGAAAGGCAGAUACUACAGGAUACACUACACAAAGAAGUGAUCAGGAAAAUCAUUCUUCUCCAGAGCUGGCUCAGGAUGGUUUUGGAAAGGAGGCGCUUUCUCAGGACACAGCAGGCGGCCAUUGUUUUACAGGCCUGCUGGCGUUCCCGCUGUAUCAGGAUGGCCCUGCAGAGGAGCAAUGCUGCCAUCGAGAUCCAGGCAGCCUGGAGACGGUACCGGGAGCGGAAACACUUCUUGCAGCACAGGAGGAGGAUUUGUUUCCUGCAGGCCCUGGUCAGAGGGCACCUGACACGUAAGAGAUAUCAGGAAAUGGCUGUAGAAAGGCAGAAAGCUGAAAAAAAGCAGAGAGAAAUGCAGGAAGAUGAAGACAGAGAGGAUGAUAAGAGCAAGCAUGAGCAGAGUGAGCCAGCAACACAUGAGCUACCUGUGACACAUGAAACAGAGCUGGAUCAGGCUGCUGGGGAUGAAGAUCGAGCUCAGAAUGAACAAGCUGAAGAUCGAGCUCAGAAUGAACAAGCUGAAGAUCGAGCUCAGAAUGAACAAGCUGAAGAUCGAGCUCAGAAUGAACAAGCUGAAAGCCUAGGUUCAUCUGAAAACCUGAGCUCAUCUGAGAUAGCCACAUUACCCCAGAAGAACAUGACAGAGGGCUCGGAGAAAGUAACCACCAGCCGGGAGAAGAGGGAAUCUCGUCGGCAGAGGGGGCUGGAACACAACGACUUGCAGAACAAGCACGUCCUGUUGUCCUUCGAAGGACCAUCUUCGCUGUGCCUUGAGGAACAAACCACUUCUGAAGAGGCCCUGGAAACUGUUCCAGUGCCAGAGAAAUCCACAGCACAAGAUUAUACUGUCCCUCAGGGAAGCAGUGAGGAAGAGAAAAGUCCAAGUGAAGAAAAAGCCCUUCCAGACACGCCACCAUCAAGUGAGAUAAAGGAAAGUGGUUCUGUUCCUGAGCAACCACCAGUAUCAGAAGAGGGUGAUGUGGCAGCUGAUAGAACAAAAACACAAGGGAAUCAGAGUAACCAAAUAAAAGGCAGCCAAAGCUUUACCUGCCCUGAAAGGCCCACGAAUCUUGCACUGAAUCUUCAUAACAUGUUGUCAGCUACUGGGAGCUUUCGGAGUCCAUCUGACCCCUGGGCAGAUAAAAACAAACGUCUUGGUCAGAGGGCAACCAAAGACCUGGAUAGUCCCACUGCUUCUGCAAUCCAGAGAUAUGUGGAUGACCCAGAGAAGCUGAAGUACAAGAGGGAGAAGUGGAAAGGCAAGAGACAGUCUGAUGCUGGUCAGAAUGAUGUGCUGAGUCAAUCCUUGGAUGGAAGGACACGUGUGGAUAAGUCUCCUCAGGAUCAACUGGAGAAGAAGGGGAGUUCAGCUUCAUUAAGUGAUCUCUCAACACUGGCCCAGACUGUUGCCAUGAAUCAGCAAUCACCAGAUAUGGUAGAAGAAGAAAAAGGCACCAAGAAAUACCCUGUGCAGAAGAAGCCCAGUGACCACUUACCUACCUUGGACACGGCUGUUCCUGUGCAACCAGCGAGUCAGCAGGGAGAUGCCAAGUCUGCUUUUAAAAGUCCUUUGCGUAGACUUUUGGGGAAAAAGCCAGACAAGAAAAUUCCAAAGGAGAGCUCUGAUAUGAUUGAGGAAGGAGAUGGCCUCUCCCUUGUAUCUUGUGUCCUCUUUACAGACACAGGAGGAACUCAGAAAGUUUCAGAAGCUUCUUCUGGGCAGCCAGGCCGCGCCCAGGCAGUGAAGGAGAUCAGCAAAGCAAAGAAGAACAGGACCAUAAAGAUCAGCAAGAUCUCGAGCGUGUCCCAGAACUGGCGAGCGUCCAUGGUCCGCGAGAUUGCAAAUGCCAAUGAGCUGAAACACCUGGAUGAGUUCCUCCUCAACAAGAUCAAUGACUUACGCUCCCAGAAGUCUGGUGUUGAGUGUUUGUUUUUUGAAGCUACAGAGAAAUUUAGAGGAAACAUCAAGACCAUGUACUCUGCUCCUAAUGGACAAAUCCAUGUUGGCUACAAAGAUCUGGUGGAAAAUUACCAGCUUCUAGUUACAAAUCUGGCCCAAAAAAGAGAAGAGAAAGAAGUCAAGCUGGUUUUGAAUCUCUUUCAAUCCCUUCUGGAUGAAUUCAUCAGAGGAUAUACAAAAAAAGAGGAAUCUGAGCAGCCCAAGCAAACCAAAGCCCAGAAGAAGAAACGAAAACAAGAUCGUGCAAUUGAAGAACACAAUGGCCAUGUGUUCACAAACUACCAAGUGAGCAUCCGGCAGUCGUGUGAGCACUGCUCAUCCUACAUCUGGCCCAUGGAAAAAGCCUGUCUGUGCAGUGUUUGCAAGUUGACUUGUCACAAGAAGUGCAUGUCCAAAAUCCAGAGCAGCUGUACCUCCUGUGGGAAAAAGAAUGAGCAGGAUGCAGAACCACGACACUUCGGAGUGAGUGUGAGUUCCCUGACCAGCGAGAGGAACUCGGUUCCUGUUGUCAUGGAGAAGUUGCUAGAAUACGUGGAGAUGCAUGGGCUCUACACGGAGGGGAUCUACAGGAAAUCUGGGUCAGCAAAUCGGAUGAAGGAGCUCAAACAGUUGCUGCAAGCAGAUCCAAACUCAGUGAAGCUGGAGAAUUACCCUAUUCAUACCAUCACGGGGAUCCUUAAACAGUGGCUGCGGGAGCUGCCAGACCCACUGAUGACAUCAGCACAGUACAAUGAUUUCCUCCGAGCUGUAGAACUACCAGAAAAACAGGAGCAACUCUGUGCCAUUUACAGUGUCCUGGAACAGCUCCCACAGGCAAAUCAUAAUACCCUGGAGCGACUCAUCUUCCAUCUUGUCAAAGUGGCUUUGAUAGAAGAUGUCAACCGUAUGUCACCCAAUGCCUUAGCCAUUGUGUUUGCUCCAUGCCUCCUGCGCUGUCCGGAUACCUCUGACCCCUUAACCAGCAUGAAGGACGUUUCAAAAACAACCAUGUGUGUAGAGAUGCUCAUAAAGGAACAGAUAAGGAAGUACAAGAUAAAAAUGAAUGAGAUCAAUCAGCUGGAAGCAGCAGAGAGCAUUGCUUUCCGACGGCUCUCGUUGCUCCGGCAGAAUACACUCUGGCCUGUAAAACUUGGGUUCUCUUCCCCUUACGAGGGGAAGCUGAGUAAAAGCUCUCAGGUCAAAGGAAAUGACAGUGGCACCUCAGAUCUGGACUCGGUGCAUGAAGAUGAAGAAGUUUCUGAAGCCAAUAACCGGGAAAAGGAGAUUCUCAUCGAUCGCAUACAGUCAAUAAAAGAAGAGAAAGAGGACAUAACUUACCGGUUACCUGAGCUUGACCAGCGGGGCUCCGACGAGGAAAACGUGGACUCGGAGACGUCGGCAAGCACAGAGAGCCUGCUUGAGGAUAGGACAGGCCGGAUGGAUACCGAAGCAAUUAUUGGAUUACACUGCCGUGCUCAGAGCUCCAACCUGCCUGCCAAAGACAUUUGCAAAGUGCCUUCUCUCCCACAAACCUCUUCACAUUCCUACUCUGCAUCCCUGGCUUCAAGGCGCAGAUACUCUCUAACACUGUCCAAGAUGAAAGUGCCCCGUCGAACUCCAGUGAUGCCAACAGCAAAUAUAAAACUCCCUCCUGGGAUGUUCAAAUGUACAGAAUACCAGGAUGAGGUUUCUGCUAACAAGGAGUCUCAGGUGGUGAGACGUAGGGAGCAGCCAGCAAGGCGGACUGACAGCAUCUACUCGGUAUACAUUGCACAAGGGUCUGCACUGGCCCACGCUCAGGAACUCGUGGAUGAAUAUGAACCAACUGCAAAAGUCAAACGGAGGUUCUCAGAUCCUUAUUCUCACAUUCCCUGUAUGGAGAAGUGAAAUACUUCAGCUCUCUGGACUUUUUUUGAAGUUGACCACAGCUUUUGGCUUUAACCCUUUGAAGGCUGUAAACUUGUGUUUAAGUGGCUGCCAGGAAGGCAACCUGGAAAUGUACAGUACUGUAAAGGUUCAGCAAGGUUGUUUAAAGCAAAUAUUUUCCACUUUAAAUUAAAACCUUGCAAAAAAACUAAAAUUUAAUGCUGAGUAAAAUAUGUGGGUUGAGUGUACAGGAAACAAGCCCCCCCAGCUCCGCUGCUGUGCCUUUUUCCAUUUGUCUUACAAUGGACUCUCAUGGGACCAACAGUGAGUUUAGGUCAAUGUGUGUUGCCUUAAUUUUUUUUAUGACAAUUUUCUGUGUGGUUUACAGAACUGUUUAACGUAAUAGCCUUAACUGAGACCAAAAUGUAUAAAGAAGUUUAUUAAAACGUUGCACUUUUAAAAAAA